AUGGCUGAUGCAUUUGAUGAAGAGUGUGACUAUCUCUUCAAGGCUGUUCUGAUUGGAGACUCUGGAGUUGGGAAGUCAAAUCUGCUCUCAAGGUUUGCAAAAGAUGAAUUUAGGUUGGAUUCCAAACCCACCAUAGGAGUUGAAUUUGCUUACCAGAACAUCAAGGUUGGAGACAAACUCAUCAAAGCUCAAAUAUGGGACACCGCAGGCCAAGAAAGGUUUAGAGCAAUCACAAGUUCAUACUACAGAGGAGCCUCGGGGGCAGUGCUAGUGUAUGACAUAAGCAUGAGAUCGAGUUAUGAGAAUGUGAGAAAGUGGUUAUUGGAGCUGAGAGAGUUUGGAGGGGAAGACAUGGUGGUUGUUCUGGUGGGAAACAAAUGCGAUCUGGAUCAAUCAAGAGAGGUUGAGAAAGAAGAAGGAAAAGGGUAUGCUGAAACAGAAGGGUUAUGCUUCAUGGAAACCUCAGCUUUGAAGAAUCUGAACGUUGAGGAAGUGUUCUUGCAAAUGAUCACAAGGAUUUAUGACAUGACAAGGCAGAAAAAUUUGGCAGCCAAACUGGACGAGAAACCGAUUAAUCUUCUAAAUGGGAAGGAGAUUCAUGUUGCAGAUGAAGUCACUGCAACUAAACAAGCUACUUCUUGCUGUUCAAGAUGA